UGUUUGCAACAUUAGUUGUCGAGAAAAUCGUUGCGAAGUGCCUGCUGCGACUACGUUCAUAAAAUUUCUCGCGUAUUUCCAAUUUUUUCUCGCAACGCAUACUAUAAGUCAUAGUUUUUCAAUCUCCUAAACUAUAUUCAUAUAAAUGGCAGACAAAAAAGUGACGCCACCGCUGGGCGCGUACCCGCAACCACAACCGCCACAGGGCCCGUUCCUGCCGGCACCGCCACACCAGGCUGCGCCACAAUAUGGAGUAGCUGGAGGUUCGCCGUAUGGCGUGACGUUCGGAGGUGCUGGGGCAGGCGCCGGUGGGGUGUACGCACCGCCUCCAUACGAGCAGCUCCAACAUCACCAGGCGAUACCGGCGCUUAGCCAGCAAUUACCGAUGUACAGCCCGGCUGCGGCGAUGUAUGCAGCUGCCGCCGGUUACCCGGGCUACAUUGGCUAUCCAGUGCAAUACUAUCCGUACUAUCCGGCUGUGCAGCCUUCGAUACAGCCACUGCGGCCUACCAUCAUGAUUCCUAAUGGUUUCGAAGCUGGCGGCAGAUUCGAGGGGCUGGCACAGACGCUGCUACCUCCCGCGCCACCCGGCGUACCCCCUUCACCCGCGCACCUUGCUGCCAUACAGCCCCACCAAGUGCUGUGGCGUUAAGAGGGCCGAAUGACCCACUGCCAGGCGAAGCCGACGACGACUACAUAGCGCGGUAACAUUGUUUAUCUGUGUCUUUACAACUAAAAACGGUUCCAUCAGCGUUAUACUUAUUUCAACCAAAUACUCGUUGAAACAUUUUAUGUUUGCAACUACACGGUAUCAUCCAACAAUAAUGUGUAAUAUUGACAUUUUCCGUCAUCAAUAAAGGCAGGGCAAAUAUUAUUUCAUAGAGUAAAUAGGAUUAUUUAGAAUUACAGCAUAAUAAUAAUAUGAAAACCACAUACUAUAUACAUGUUAUUGUGAUACAAAAUAAGUCAAUAAUUUAGUUUUUGCUUCAUAAACUUACAUUACUGAAUCUAUUAGUAGUUACAGUAGUAUAUCAAUAAUCAAAUAAAAUUCAAAUAAUAUAACUUUCGGAGCUUGUUUCUUUGUAAAGCGACACAGACAUUCGGCACAAAUGUAAAGUGAUAAUGAAAUUUUAAUGUAAAUACCGUCGAUGAAUGUCAAACAAUGAUAAAUGGAACGCGUCUAUGUGUGAGUCGGGUUGUCGGUGUUAUAUCAUCUUAGCCCGAUACAUGUAAUUAACUGUGAUGUUGAAGGCGUGCGCUCUGUUGUCCGCCGUAUUGUUUAUACUAUAUUAUUUCUAAAAGUUACAAGUUAUUUUAUUAAAGCAAAACUUGUAUUGGCAGUCUAUGAUUUUUAAAAUGUGAUCUCUUAUUUGUAAAGACUGUAUUUAAAUAUUGUAAAAUGAAAAUAUUUGCGUGAUAUAAAAACACAUGAAAAGAUGCAAUUAUAUUUUCAAGAGAUUUUUUUUGUCGCAAAGCAUCACAUUUGAUAUUAGUACCAUUUAUAAGAAUUCCAAAUAUAUAUAAAAGUUUGACUAAUUGUUUCUAGGUGUAUGCAAUUCAGCAGUUUUGCGCAUUUCUAUUGUAUAUCAGCCAAAGAUCUGUCGACUAUUUUAUGAACUUAUUACAUCAUUAGUUAUGGCAUAUUAUGCAACCACUAGUGAAGCUCUCUAUAUUAUUAUUUUAAAUAAAGGUUUAAUGCAAGUUAAAUUUAUUACUUCAAGUAAUAAUACACUGUUUAAAGAGGUUUAGAACCUUAUCAAAGAAAACAUACUAUGUUAUGAGUACGCGUGGGCGUUACUUUUAUGAAUGCUGGCAAAGUUAAUAUUAUUUUUUACGUCGAAUAACAAAACGAAUAGUUGAAGAAAAUAUAAUAUGAGUCGCUGCAAUAUAAAAUGUUCUUUUACCCAAUUAUGGGGUAUUCCAUAAAUAUAUAUGGCUAUUAAAACAAUGUAUUUGUAUAAGAAAUACAGCAUUAUAAUGUCAGGGACCCCAGUGGUGUGGUAUGCAAGAUAAAUUUUAAAAAAUUAAGCUUGGUACUGUUGCAUGGUGUACGGCAGAGCGCACGCGAGCUACGCCCCUCGGCGUGUAUCUCAAUGCUAUAGUAUUAUAGUCGGUGGUUUGUGGCCGAAGCCACGUGUAAACUCUAGUAUAGAAUGUGGCGACGACUUGUGAUCUGCUCUUAGGAUCAUUAUUUCUGUAUAUUUUGAUGAUUUUCCAUAUUAAAUAUGAGGAAUUUAAGUUUUUCCAUAAUCAAUAUUCAUUAAUGCUUGUGUAUCACAAUUUAUGGGAUUAUUCAAAAUGUGUUAAAAAAAUAUUGAUUAUAAUAUAACUUAAACAUGGAUUAAAUAUGAAAAAGUUCAGUAUAUCUUUGGUAUAGUUUGGAUUUAAAAUUUGUUGUUUAUUUUUAUGACAUACAUUUUCAGUUGUAAGUUUUCUUUAGAUUUUGAUUUAGAACAUUUAAAUGCAUUUUGUUAGUUACAAAUUAUUGUAUAUAUUUUCAUUCAUAGGGGCUGUGUACCUAUUGUUUUCUUCCAAAAAUAUCGUAAAUGUCAUCAAGGCAGUAUAUUCGUAAACUUUCUAUGAACUUUCCAGUGUACGAGUACAUCACAAGUCUUUGUCAACCAGUUAUUAAUAAUAAAAAAGAAAUAUAUUAAAAACAUGUGGUUGUGCGUGACACGUGCGUGCGUGCGAGCGGGAUGGGCGAUGUGUGUGAGCGAGAGCGAAUGUUUUGUUUCUAUUUGUUAUAUACGGCAAGUGUUGGAACGACACGGUUGAACAAGACAAUGCUGAGGCGCUACCAUAAUUAAUAUACACGCAAAAAUGAUUUCUACUAUUGAAAUUAUAUAGUCUUAACUCGAUUAUCAAAGAGCGAGAGCAUUUGAUACUCGCAAAUAUGGGGUAAUGUUUUUUAAGCGUAUAUAUAUUAACUUUAUCUUUCUAUAUUAAAGUUUGAAAGAUAUGGCAUUAUGAUCUUAAAAUUCAUACAAAUAAAUUAAAUGUUUAAUCAUCUGAGUAAAAAGAGAACAAUUCUUACGUUAAUACCGUCGUUUCCAUUGGCUGCGCCUCAUAAUUGCCGAAUAGACCAAACAGGUGUUGGUGUUUUCAAAAGGUAAUCAAUACUAUGGCAGCGUUUAUGUGCGCGUAUUAUUAAAAUGCUUAUCUUAUUGGUUUAUUAUUGAUAAAAUUUAUUAAGUUCUUAUUGAUUAUAAUUCCAUGAUGAAAAUCAUGGCCGUUAAGAGGUUAUAAAUAAAAUAAUUCGUAAGUACAAAUAUUGUUUAAAAAUAUUAGAAAUACAAAGAUAGUCAGUAAACCGCGAAAUAAUAGUUUAGUUCGUAUAAUUGCGUUGCCGCAUAAGUGCUGCCAUAUCAAACGAAUCUUUUUUAACUUAGUUAAGACUUAUAAUCCAGUACGUCGUUGAGACAUGAUCUUUUUUUACAAUUGAAUGGCCUUUCUGUGCGAGGAAGGCUGCAUCAGAAUCUCACUUAGGUGUAUAAACUUCUUACACAGGGCAGUAUGUGUUUAGCUAAAUUUACAUACCGUACGUGCUGUCUGAUUGAAUAAAGUAAAAGCUUGAUAGUAUGGUAUAUUCCCCUUCUUACGUUAGUUGCAAUUUUCUUAAUACACUGGUAAAACAAGUAAAUUAUGUCUUAUCUCUUAUAUUGAAUCAACAAAAUAUAUUUACUAUAGUUGUUUCGUCUUCAGUGGCUUAGGACAUUGGCCAUCCACGAUUAAAAUUUAAAAGUCUGAUGAAUCUUGUCCUUUUUGAGCCAUUAAAACCACGGGUUAUACCCACAUCGUGUACGGACCCGAGCCACGAAAUAUUUCGGCAAUGACUUGUUAUUUUACAACUAUAAGUAUACAUAUGUAUACUUAUAGUUCUUUUGUCUAUUGAUAUAUAUUGAUAUAUAUCAAUAGACAAAAGAAUCGUUUUGUGGAUUGAUAGAAUAAGUACUUGCUGCUUAUAACGUUCAUAUCUCAACAUUUGUAAUUUACAUAAAAUACACGUAAACGUGUUUCCAAUUAAAUGUAAACUAAUCAGUGCUAGUUUCUUAUAAACUUUCUUGAUCCAUAAAUCAGUUGCGAUUUAGUAUAUCAAAACAUACUAAAUUGAGAAUAUACAAUAUUUUAUAGAAUAUAAUGUUGUUCUGUUAUGGAAUAUUCAGUGAACUAACGGGUAUUACAUAUUUGAAUAUGUGCACGCGUUUUGUGCAAUCAGAGUACGAGAAAUAUUCGUACAUUGCCUACGAAUGUGAAACGCUCGAUAGUUAUACGGCGGGAUGGUGUCAUGGUAAUAAAACAUGUAACAUUGGGGUAAAUUCAUAUGUUCUCUAUAAACAUCAUUUUUAUUGUGGAUGCCAAAAUUGAACUUACACUAAUUAAAAAAAAAAGAAAUUAUGCAAAAAAUAUAAUCUGAAGAUGACGAAUUCACAAUUGAAACCUGUAUACAAUUUACCCCAACAGUGUAUUUACCCCAUGUGUGACACUGGCUAGCCGUCUCGAUGGAUUGUAGAUCUUUUUCUACUAGUUUGUAUUUUAUUCCUUUUUUAUUGUAUUUGAAUAUUUUUUGUUAAUGGAAUCAUGUUGUUGACUUGGCGGUUUGCAUGUGGAGUUAUGUAACAGUCGGUACACUACGGGCGUGUUCAGUUUGAAAAUUAUUGACUAUUACUUAGUUUGAACAGGUGUUCAUUCUAACAAAAUUACUUUACAAAUUUUUCUCCUUUAAUAUUUUGUAAGUCUGCACGACUCCUUAGAAGUAUAUAUUUUGAUUUGUUAUAGUUUAAUUCAACAUUUAAUAACAUAUUGAAGAACUUUUUACCGGAAUAAAUCGAUCGAAAACAUUCGACACUAGCAUUUAAUGUAUAAAGAAAUACAGUAUUAUUUUGUAAAUGAUGCCUUUAAUGAACAUGUCGAUCUGUUUUUGACGAUCAUUUCUGUCGUGUUGUUAAGUCAUCAUUGAACUGAUAUCGUGGAUUUAUUAUAUUCUGAUACUCUAAAAGUAUCCUUUUAUUUGUUACUGUUGCUAUUUUAAUGACACAUGAUCUAUAAGUUAGAAUACUACAAAUGGUUGUUUAGCAAUGAAUGAAAAAUAUAUUUUCUAAACCAAAAUGAACACCUGAUCUAAAUAAUUUUCUUAACUUACGAGCAUUUUUAUUGUAAGUCUUAUUUUCUAGCCAUAAAUAGGUAAACUCAAAUCAUGUAAUAAUAUAAGUAAAACAACAGUUUGAGAAAAUUCCGACGUAAGCCCGAAAUAUUGUUUAGGCCUGGGUUUCAUAGGGGCCGCUCGGUCGAUGUGAAACACUUUUAUCUGCAAAAUAUUAUUUCCAUGACGUGUAAGUUAAAGAUGGAAUCGAUUGAUCAAUGUCCAAUAUACAAUAUUAUUACUUCAAUAAUUACUUUUUAGAAGAUACUUCUUUCUCUUUAUAAAAUUACGUUCAACCAUUUUGACAAAUGUUCACUGUUGUUUCGCUUAUAUAUGGAAUUGUUUAAUUAUUUCCUCUCUUACGAACCUGUAUUGUUUUGAGUCUAUCUGUAUUGUCAUAUUUCAACAUAUUGUAAUCGAACAUCAAGUUAUAACUUACACGCCAUGUGAAAUCCCACACUGCGCCCAAUUUACGCAAUCGUCGCUACGGCAGUUACAUGGAUGAAUAUCCUACGUCCACUUUGCCAUUUAUCUGAAUAUUGUACUAUGCAUUUAUUGUAUCUGCCGUAGCGAUUAAACGUGUUCUUGGACUGUUUAUUUGAACAAUGUGGAUUAUAAUUAGUUCGUCUUAUAAAUACUGAAAUUUGAAGUGUAACAGUAUAAGCUAAUUUGCAUAAGUGCAAAUGAUUAGUCUUAUAUUAAUAAGACUACGAGGUCCUACCUCUUAGUCAAGUUGUUUGGCGCCGGAUAUCAGUGUAGUCGCGCUCAUGUAUUUUAACUUAGCUGUGUCUCACUUUAACAUUUCAAACUUCACAUUGUACCGUCCAGAAAUACGGGAUUAGCGUAAGCGGGGCCAGUCAUAGCAUUGUAGACUAUAUUUCAAGUAAAUAAAGUCGCAAAUGCGAUGUACGCGAGUAAUGUAAGUGUAAGUGGGUUUUGCUCAAACGCGUGAGUGUGCAGACUUGAGUCACGUGCAAUAUUAUAGCAUAAUUAUUAUUUUGUUUCCAAUAAAAUUGUCAAAACCGAA